AUUACUGGCCUCAAGUGAUCCCUCUCCUUGGCUUCCAAAAGUCCUGGGAUUACAGGCAUGAGCCUCUGCACUUGGCCUCUUCUUUAGGCUUAUUUAGUUGUAUUUUUUCUGGAGGAAAGGAAGGAAAACCACCAAAUGUUCUCUUCUAAUGUAAUCACAUGAACGGGCUCAAUUCCCCAAGCAACAAGUAUGACAUGUAUAUAUCAUGCACCAGGGAAGAUCUUUAUCGACUCAGUGCUCAGAGUGCUUUUUGGGGGCUGAUCAAAUAGGAAACCUCUGGCAUGUAAACAAAUUCAGAUUCUAAGAAGGAAAACAGGCUUUUGGUACAUCCUAUAUUGUUUGUGUAAAUAGUUUAGGUACCCUAAGGCACUCAUGUCACUUAAGUUGGUGAUGUCCUCACUUCCCAGAUACCGGUGAAGGACAAACUUUGUGAUUGGGCAUUUCUAAGGAUAAGAAGUCUAAGGCCUACUAAUGUUAAACUCUCUUCUGUACACUAAGUAGUAGGACUUUCUUUUAGUAAGUGACACAGAUCAGCCAUACAAGGAACAAUUAGAGCUAACCUGAGAAGCUCAUUAUACUCCCUGAACCCAUCAACAAGAGAAGUAUGGAUAAUCUCCUUUUACUUUACCAAAUAGGUAAAUUCUAAUAUCAGAAUUGCUAUUGAGAAGCUUAUUCUCUGUCUCCUGUACAUGGACAUCAGUAGGUUAGUGAUCUUUUUCAGAGACCAUCAUAUAGAGGAAUUAUGCAUCUGAAGGAUUCCUAUGCUCAGGUGUUGGGAUCUCAUGCUACUGUGAACCUUGUGGAGUACAAAAUGAGAGACAUUGGAAGGACAGCUUCUAGAAUGGCUGGUUGGGAAUCACUUCUUUAUGAAACUGGAGAAAGGUGAUUUCUUUUGGAGGGCAGGACUGCUGAACCCUUUAUAUAUUUGUAAUCAUGGGCAAAAAUCAUAAUGAAACCAUCAUGGACUUCAGUCAACUCCCUUGCAACUUGUAACUCUUAACCUGUUCCUCAAGGUCAGCAAGGCUCAGGAUACUGAGGGAAAGAGCUGUUCUGGCAUCUUAUCAGUUCAAUCCCUUUUUGAUUUUUUUUCAUUUUUCUUUUUAUUUAUUUACUUUUUUAUGUUUUUAUUUUUACACUUCUAUGGUUGUAAAGCUCAAUCCUAUGAGGGCUAAAAAUUGCUAAGAACCCACCUUGAGGUUUGUGAGCAUAGCGAUUUUGUGAAGAUCCAAGUUGCUGUGCCUUCUUCCUUCUGCCUAUGCUCUUACAUUCCAGUAACCUCCUAGCCCUAUCAAAUGGGACAGGGAGAAAAAGGAAACACUGUGUCUGUGAUAAAUAUUAUACAAGAAAUUAAAAUUAAUACUUCUCUAAAAGAAUAUUUUCAUUCAGUCAGUUGGAUCUGGCCCAUAAUACUUCAGUACAAUGUUGCCAGUUGGAUGUUAAUACAAGGUGGAUUUCCACAGCCCUCCUGGUCUCUCAGGUGUAACCAUAGGAAAUAGAAGAAAAAAAAUUACAGUUCUUCAGUAUUAUUUAUUUAUUAAAACCUCAUACAGAUUUGACUCUGUAUUUCACUGGAUGCUGAGUAAUGUGGUGCAUUAUGAGGCAGGAGAUAAAAGCAUUUUUCUUACAAGGAAUUGCUGGUCUUAAAAUAUUAUAUUUGUAUCAUUCAUAUAGCAUUUCUCCAACAUGCUAUGUAUCCUGUCACUUGAUAGCAGUAAGACUUGAAGUGAUCAUAGUAAAAAUGUAGAAAUAAUUUCCACAUAUUCAUGGUGUGUUAAAUUUAUGAGGAAGUGAGUGUGGACAGAGAUUCACAGUACCAACCACCAAGAUAUAGAAUAAAUGUUUGGACACCACAGAAUCAUAUGUGAACUUUUUAUAAAUAGGUUAUAUAUUCCCGAUGCUGUCAGUCUUACCCAUUCUCCUGUACACGUAUGUGGGAUGUUUUAGGACUUGGUGGCAUUUGAGGAUGUGGCUGUGAACUUCACCCAGGAGGAGUGGGCUCUGUUGGAUCAUUCUCAGAAGAAACUCUACAGAGAUGUGAUGCAGGAAACCUUCAUUAACUUGGCCUCUAUAGGGAAAAAAUGGGAGGACCAGAACAUUGAAGAUCAGUACAAAAACCAGGGGAGACAUCUAAGAAGUCAUACAGCAGAGAGACUUUGUAAGAGAAAAGAAGGUAAUCAAUUUGAAGAAACCUUCAGUCAGACUCCGAAUCUUAAACUGAAAAAGAGAACUCUUACUGGGGUAAAACCGUAUGAAUGCAGUGUGUGUGAAAAAGUAUAUAUGUGCCAUUCAUCUCUUAAGAGGCACAUGAGAUCUCAUACUGAAAACAGACCAUAUGGAUAUCACAAAUAUGGAGAGAAGUCAUAUGAAUGUAAGGAAUGUGGGAAAAGAUUCAACUUUCGAAGCUCAUUUCGAAUACAUGAAAGAACUCACACUGGAGAGAAACCCUAUGAAUGUAAACAAUGUGGUAAAGCUUUCAGUUGGCCCAGUUCCUUUCAAAUACAUGAAAGAACUCAUACUGGAGAGAAACCCUAUGAAUGUAAGGAAUGUGGAAAAGCCUUCAUUUAUCAUACAACUUUUCGAGGACACAUGAGGAUGCACACAGGAGAGAAACCUUAUAAAUGUAAAGAAUGUGGGAAAACCUUCAGUCAUCCCAGUUCAUUUCGAAACCAUGAAAGAACUCACUCUGGAGAGAAACCCUAUGAAUGUAAACAAUGUGGGAAAGCUUUCAGAUAUUACCAAACUUUUCAAAUACAUGAAAGGACACACACUGGAGAAAAACCUUAUCAAUGUAAGCAGUGUGGUAAAGCUCUCAGUUGUCCUACAUCCUUUCGAAGUCAUGAAAGGAUUCACACUGGGGAAAAACCCUAUAAAUGUAAAAAAUGUGGAAAAGCCUUUAGUUUUCCCAGUUCCUUUCGAAAACAUGAGAGAAUUCAUACAGGAGAGAAACCCUAUGAUUGUAAGGAAUGUGGGAAAGCAUUCAUUUCUCUUCCUAGCUUUCGAAGACAUAUGAUAAUGCACACUGGAAAUGGACCUUAUAAAUGUAAGGAAUGUGGGAAAGCCUUUGAUUGUCCAAGUUCUUUUCAAAUUCAUGAAAGAACUCACACAGGGGAGAAACCCUAUGAAUGUAAACAGUGUGGUAAAGCCUUCAGUUGUUCUAGUUCCUUUAGAAUGCAUGAAAGGACUCACACUGGAGAGAAGCCCCAUGAAUGUAAACAAUGUGGUAAAGCCUUCAGUUGUUCCAGUUCUGUUCGAAUACAUGAAAGGACUCACACUGGGGAGAAACCCUAUGAGUGUAAGCAGUGUGGGAAAGCCUUCAGUUGUUCCAGUUCCUUUCGAAUGCAUGAAAGAAUUCACACAGGGGAGAAACCGUAUGAGUGUAAACAGUGUGGUAAGGCUUUCAGUUUUUCCAGUUCAUUUCGAAUGCAUGAAAGGACUCACACAGGAGAGAAACCCUAUGAAUGUAAGCAAUGUGGUAAGGCCUUCAGUUGUUCUAGUUCCUUUAGAAUGCAUGAAAGGACUCACACUGGAGAGAAACCAUAUGAGUGUAAACAAUGUGGUAAGGCCUUCAGUUGUUCCAGUUCUAUUCGAAUACAUGAAAGGACUCACACUGGAGAGAAACCUUAUGAAUGUAAACAAUGUGGUAAAGCCUUCAGUUGUUCCAGUUCUGUUCGAAUGCAUGAAAGGACUCAUAGUGGAGAGAAGCCCUAUGAAUGUAAACAGUGUGAUAAAGCCUUCAGUUGUUCCCGCUCCUUUCGAAUCCAUGAAAGGACUCACACUGGAGAGAAACCCUAUGAAUGUCAGCAGUGCGGGAAAGCCUUUAAGUGUUCCCGUUCCUUUCGGAUACACGAAAGAACUCAUACUGGAGAGUAACACUACAAAUGUAAACAAUGUGGGAAAGCUUUAAAUUGUCC